CGAUGUCGCAGCAGUUAAAACGACAGUGUUAAAAUUAAAACAAUGUCGCGAAGCUAAAAAACUUAACGACAUCGCGGGACAAGGAAACGAUGUUGUUUAACUAAGAACGACGCCGAGGGGUGAGAGUUUGGGGGAGAGUUAACAAUGAAGGCUGAUUUAAUUAAUUAGUAUUUUAUAAGUAUUUUAGACGGUGUCGUUUAAUGAAAAGCGAUGUCGCGGAAAAGUAAAACGACAUCGCGGGAGUGGUAAGAGUUCGGCCAAAGGCAGCCCGCCAAGCCCAACGACGGCGCAAGAGUAGAGAACGACAUUGUUUGAUGGACUAACAAUGUCGUUGGUUAAACCGGGUCUGGGCAGUUGAGUUGGAUUAUAAAACUACAUCGGUUGGUGAAAGGCGAUGUCGUGGUAUUGGUGAAGCGUCAUCGUUACAUGGACAAGGUUGUAAGUCGUUUCGCCAAGUUUCUGCAAAGCAAGAGCGGUUUCAAGGGCAUGUGAUUAUCACGCAACAAGGAGGAAGUUACCUGCACGGUUGACAGGAAUGAAGACGUGGGAGACUGAUGACUCGAUAUUUGCACAUGUUUUCCCCUUUGUUUCUUGAUCGUUUAAGCUUGCAUUAUCGCUUCUUUGGCCUAUUUUACGCUAGGUUGUGUUUCUUUGUCACAUUCAGGCCCUAGCACAUAAAGUGAAGCGUAGGCGCAAGUUUCAAGUCAAUCGGAGAUCAUUUGACAAUUCGGGAGAAGAAACACGAGCAUGACCUGAGGAAUAAUGGAUUUCUACCUCAUAUAAUGGACAAAUUAUCAUGGAAGUUUGUUAUGAAAAGAAAGAGGACGAGACUACGAGCGUCUGGGUUCAAACGGCGACUGAUUUGGAGUCCGGACGAGGGAGAAACGAAGCUUUGAACAGGAGCGGAGGAAGAAUUACGGGCAGGAGAAUUACGACCGUAAUUUCCCCUCCCAUGCCCGUAAUUUCACUGCCGAGAGGAGCUUUGGGUGCGCUGAAACUUAACCAAAACGCGUGUUUUGGGCAAAAUACAGGCAUGGAAGAAUUACGACCGUAAUUCAGCCCGUAAUUCUCCCAGAAUCGGGUUUUUGAGGCCAAUUUCGAGCCUGGAGAGAGAGAGCUGGGUUUUGGAUCCCAAACACCCAAGGGACGAACCCUAGAGAGAGAGAGCGACUUGGGAACAUUCUUGGAGCUAUUUUGGAGGAUUUCUUUGCCAUUGGAGCUCGGGAAUCAAGCUUGGAGAUGGAGAUUGAAGAUCUAGAUCAGAUUUCUGCAGUCUCUCUCUUCUCUAUGGAGUAACUUCCCUUCACUUAGGGUUUUGAGGAACCCUAGUUCCAUGAGUUAGGAUCUUUCUUGUAUGAAGUUUUGGAUGCUAUAUUGUUUGAUUAUAAUCGAAUGAUGCAUGUUUAUUGAGUCAAUUGAAGUCUGAUCAACUUUUCCUGAUUCCUGCUGCAAUCUGAGAUAGAUAGAAUCUGAUUAGGUUGCUAGAGUCUCAUCAUUCGGUAGUAGAAGAUUGGCUAUACGAGAGUUAGCCAGUUUACUGCUUUGUACUGGAAUCCAAUUCCAGUAGUGGAGUUCUGUGCUUAUUGCUUCAGCUUUCUAUCCCGGUGAAGACUAGUCGUCUGCCGGAUAGUUAGACUGAGAGGGCUUGGUCAGCUUAAGAGAUUCCAAGCUACUGUCGGAUCUUCCGCAGUUUAAUCAACAGUAAAUCAACCAAAAGGAAUUACAACUUGGACCUAAUUGAGGAGCUAGGGGGAAUCAUACCUAAGUGAGUUCCCAAACUGUAAUUAGUAGUUUUAAUUAGUUUAGUUAGUAGAGUAGUUUAGUUAAUCAAUCCUUAAUCUAGUUUGCUAGAUAAUGAACUGAAGCUGAGUAAUAGUAACUCUAGAGACCCGUGGAUACGAUAUUUAUUACUUGUGCCACUAUACUGCAGUCCCUUUCAUUGGUUACACUUGGCCAUUGUUAGGUGUUGUGUUUUAGAGCAUCAAGUUUUUGGCGCCGUUGCCGGGGACUUUCUAGAUUAUUAGGAAAGGCAGAAGUUUGUUACUUUAGCAUUUUUCUUUUCUUUUCCACCCUUGCUUUUCACUUGGGUGUUUUUUGUUUUUGUUGGUGCAGAUCUGAAUCAUGGAUCCUCAUGGCUUCUCCAACCAGUGGGGGUAUCCACCACCAUCCGAGUGGUAUUAUCCCGAGACUCCCCGGAGCAAUCAAGGAGGAGAAGACUAUGGAUUCGGGUUCCAGUACCAACCCCCUUUCUACGGAGAACAACCAGACCCCUGGGCAUAUCAAGAACAACCUCAUUACCAAGAAGACUUUCUCCCACAACCAGAAGGGCCGUCGGAGCUGGAGUUAUCCAUGGCGGCCUUCACGGGCCACUCUGCAGAGCCAUGCUACACUUCACUGGAAGAUUCGAACAAACAAUUAAGGCUUCUCGUGGAGCAGUUUUCUCAAGACACUGAGACAUCAUGCUCCAAGAUGGAUCUUCAAAUCAAAGCCCUUGCUGCUUCCGAUCCCUCAUUUCUCCAUGAUAUGGAGGAGACUGUUCAGCGCUCAGCGAAGCAAACAGAGUGGGUGGAGCAAGUUUGCUCACAUCUUGCUCAAGAUCACCUUUCUGCUACCACGCUAGAAGAGGUGGAGGAUGACAAAGGCUAUGGGGAUGUUGAGGAGCAUACCGAAGUUAUUACAGAGAACUCCCAUGAUAAUCAUGAUCAGGAAAGUCCUCUGGUUGCAGAUCACACAAUUCCUUAUUUCUGCUCUAACAUGCUGGGCCCGAGCGAGGAGAUGCAAGAUGAUCUCAUUGAAGAAAUUACAUGGCGACUUGCUCUCCAAUUUGUGCUAGAAGAAGAAGAGCAAGAAAGGGUGCAGAAAGAAGUUGUGGAGGAUGACGAAAGUGAAGCAGGAGGAGUUCUUGAUCAUUUCCCAGGGGUGAUACCACAUGAAGAAGAAAGGGGGGUUGAAGAAGCAAUUGGCGUCCAGGCUGAGGAUGAAGUUGAGGUGGAAGAGGCUUGCACCGGCCCUAUGUUACAUUUGAUAUCUCCACCAAACUUUGAGGAACUGCUUAGCAAGGACCCAUUUGCAGUGUCUCUUUGCCAGACCAAAGCCACAUCGAUAUCGGUCCCUCUUGGUGGAUGCGACGGUGGUAAAUCGAUGUUGUCAUAUAUGGUUUUGGGCUAUGAGACGAGAGAAGAGAAUAAGAGGUAUAGAGGGUGGAGACUUCAUCUGCAUCAAGUACAUGAGCCUUCAUCACCUGCCACACCACAUGCUCGUGACUUGAGACUCCACCUCAUCGACGAGAACCUCAACUUCAAGGAGGUUCUAGCAUGGACCGAAACUUAGGAGCCAUCGUCCGGCUCACAACGUGAAAGAAGCGCUUGUUGGGAGGCAACCCAACCAGUCGGUUUGCAUUUCUUUCUCUAUUUCUCCUCGGUUGAGUCAGUUUUGUUAUUUGAUUUUAGAGUCAAUAACUCAACCUUUGUGAGAUUUUGUGUGGUGUUUGUGGUCUGACCACUCUCUCCUCCUGGAAUACACCGCUUGCCCCGUCCACAAUCAUUCACCCUGGAUCUGGUAACUUCGUUCUACCCUCCUUAUCUUUCCUCCAUUGAGGACAAUGUCGUGGUUAAGUGUGGGGGGAUGUUCGAUUAUGUAUGCGGGUGAAUGUUUGUAAUCCUAUCUUGUAGUAAAACCGGAAAUCCGGG